AUGAAUUUAGUAAUUACAGAUAUUCUCUUUCGAGCUGUUUCCAUCCCAGAUUUGUUACCAAUGGAACUCAGUGGCAGUAACUUUACAUGUAAAUUGAUCGACUUUGGUAAAUACACCACUUUGGCAGUUACAUUUGCUCUUCUUGCUGGAAUUGCAUUUGAUCGCUACAUUCACAUUGUUCAUCCGUUUAGAGCAAGAAGAAUAACUUGGAAACACAGCAGAAAUGUGGUUAUUUUAAAAUGGAUUUACGCAGCAAUCUGUUCAGCGCCAGUUUUACACAGCACAGAGUGGGUAGUCCAUGUGAACAAAGAAACCUUGGAAACAUCUGGGAACUGUGAAGAUAAACAUGGCCUGCCAUUUCAGAUUUCCGUAACUGUUUUCUUCGCAUGUUCGUUUAUAAUUCCUCUGAUUUUUAUGGGAGUUGUUUACGGCAGAAUAGUAAGUGUGUUGUGGAGUCGAGCGCGCAACAAAAUUAUCAACAAAAACAUGGCAAAAGUAAAAAUACGAGUUGUCAAAAUGAUGGUUUUGAUUGUUAUUACUUAUUUCAUAACAUGGGGUCCAAAACUGAUCCUAAAGACCAUGGAAACCUUUCUUUCUACAAGCUAUGUCUCUGAAGAAGAUGAAAAUGAAGGCUCCACAGGAAGUAUGGAGUUGGACUCUGCAGUCGUCAUUUUUUUGCUUCUUGAGCCCAUAUCUAUAACAUUUUCUUUAGCGAGUUCAAUUUUGAAUCCCCUAAUAUUUGCUUAUUACAACAAGGCUUUUCGUGAAGAUUUACAUGCUAUUUUCUGUGAAAAAUCGAAGAUUGCCUGCUGUACAGAAAAUAAUUACAAAGAAGCCCCUUCUUUAGUAAUUAUUAAUGUUUCAGCUGGAGUUGAUAUGACCAAUUUAUCAGGGGAGUACGACACAAAGUUAUAA